AGCGAGCUCCGAAGAAAAUGAGAGUGUCGAGAACGAAGAUGGACGAGACUUCUCUUCUCUUUCGACGAUUACGAGCCGUUGGGCUCUCUCUUAAGAUUUCCUUCUUCGUAGUCGGAACGGGUAAAGUCCCGAGAAAACCGCGUGGAGCGUAUGGAUGUCAUAACGUCAAGCAAAGUAUAGCUACCAUGGAAGAAACGCGGCGAUCAAUCGAAAACGCUAAAGCGGGUCUGACAGUGGCGUAAUAGACACUCGUCAAGAAAGAAAGCAGCGAAAGUGUUCGAACGUAAAGAGACGUGAAGAUCGAGGGAAGAUGCGACCGUUUCUAAAGCAAUUGACACCGACGGGAUUCGAUCAUUGAAUACUGAUGGUCACCGAUAAGGCGUUCGAAAUUAUGAAGAUCGGAAGGAGAAGACGCUCAGAAUCGCGUACACGUAUUUAUGUACCUUCGAAAUGUACCUCCUCGGUGCAACGGGCGCGUUUAUCUUUGGAGAAUGGAGAAAAGUUAAAAGCCGGUGAGAGAAAGGGAGACGGAAGGAAUGGCAGUGAUAACGGGGAAGGAACAUCGAGAAAGCAGGCGUGACAGAGAGCGGAGUAUCAGAGAGUAACGGACGAAGAAGUCUUUCGGAGCGACGAGGAGGGAGCGAAGUGGCAACGGGAUGAAGAGAGACGACGCGUCAAAGGCGAAGCGCGUCGGAGGGAGAAGGAAGCAGUCGAUCGCGAGCAGGAAGAGCGGCACGAGCGAGAACCGGGGAGUUCGUCGGGAGUACUCGGUCGCUCAGUCGAACGCGCGAUUACAAGCACACGAGACGCGUGGGCUCUCUCUCUCUAUCAGGCUGAAAGUGUUUCGUACGCGACCACGUGCCGGCUAAACUGCCGGAACGUAACACAGAGAACGAUAACACGACGACGACGACGACGACGACGACGACGACGCGAGGCUACUUGAACGCAUUCGCAAAGUGGACAUCGGGCGCCGGGCACCGUUGAUUCCCUGCGAUUACGAAUAAACGGACCGUUUCAUCCCUGCUAGAUGCACAGCGAGUGACGGUGAACGUCGUCGUAACGCGGCUUUUACCGGAUUCUAUCGACGCGGAUGGUGUGCAUCGUGGUGUGUGGAUGGUUUUGUCAGUUGGUGACUCGAAGCCUCGAAGUGAACCGAAAGAGAAAAGCGACUGUGGUUUUUUCUGGUGGCGAACGUGGAGGAACCUCGACGAGUCGGCUGGAUCCAGAUGUCACGGGCACGUCCUCGAUCGGGGAAUCGAAACAGCGCGUAGUUCGAAAGAGAGAAAUCUGCGGAGCAGAAAAAGGAGGCGAAAAGUGGGGACGUUCCGGGGGUGGUUUUGGAUGUUAGAAAGCGCGGGGGUGGCUAAACAGGCCCCGCCGCAGUGUACGGGUCCCGAUGCCGGUCCCCGUAUCACAAACCCUUACGCUAACCUCCACCCUCGUACCCAAGGAGGAGUCAAACAUGCCCUUCAUAGACGACGAGCUACUUUGGUGCCCUGACAAUGACGGCAAAAUGGUCGAUUUGACUCAGUGCCUCCAGGAGAGUAGUACAGGCCAAUCAGUUGAAUUCUCGACGAUGGAAUUGAGUGCCCUCGUGGGGACGCCGGCUGCCCCGAAUAUGCCGGCGGAAGAGGGCGAAGGAAUGGCUAGCGUCGCUAACGAAGAACCGUUCGACACGUUAGACACAUUCCUCCGAGAAUUACAAGCCGAUUUGGCUGAAGCCAGUCAGCCGACGUCUACGACGACUUCCAUUACUCCUUCCUGCAGAAGGCAGAGGUACAACAUUGCAGCUGCGAACCCUUUGCUAGCGGUUGGUUUCUCUCUUGUCGCAGAAAAAUUGGCAGCCCCUUCAUCGCAAGCGUCUCCAGCUCCUAUACCGUAUGCAGCGAGAGCGGAGAUCAAGACGGAGAACAUUCAACCGGAGACGAGUAAAGUGGACACAAGGGAGGUCCAACCGCAUGAUGCGAACGAGAAAGAGCAAAUGGGUCUUGCGAGCGUGAAGGCAGAGCCAGGAUCGACCGGCACGACGACGACCACCACGGGGACUCGUCUGUUGCACGGUAUACUUUCUCAACAUCCCCAGCAGCACGGUCUGGGGGUGCAAAAUGGAUACGGCCGCCACUUGGCCGGCCAUGCUCAGAUGGCCCAACCGCCGUACACCACUGCCACAAUCGCCACCACCAGUACGCCAGGAAGCGGAUCACUGCCAGCGAGCCCCGCGGACAGCGGAGUCAGCGACGUCGAGUCCAGCACGUCCUCCGGCGGUAACGAGGACGCGAAUCUCUUACUGAAAGCCAGGCUCAACCCAGGCUCGUCCCUUCAGCCUAGCCUAGCAACCCAUCAUUCUCAUCUGUCAUCAGCAGCGCUUGGCAGGUCAGCGUGUCACAGUCCUGGCGUUUAUCCGUCUACGGCGGGCUUCCUGCCGCCCUCGUAUCAUCCUCAUCAGCAUCAUCCCUCCCAAUACCAUCCGCACAGAGGAAGUUCGCCGCAUCAUCAACACGGGAACCACACGAUGGGCCCGACGAUGGGGCCGCCCCAUCAUCACCACCCCCAUCAAACGCAGAGUCUACAACACUUGCACUACCGUCAACCACCUACACUGUCUGAGAGCUACAGCAGUUACGUGAACUCGAUGUACGCCAGCGGAGCCCAAUUCGCCACCCCGUGCACCCCUAGUCCGCCCCGGGGUCCCGGCGGAGUCCCGACGAGCGUAAUUCAAGCAGCCACCAGCUCGGUGUCCGACGACCUGUACCUGCUGGAGUUAGGCUUCCCGCCGCGAUCGAAGAAGAACAAGCUGAAGAAGCCGCGGCAAGGUGACGGCGCGGCGGUGAAAAGGAAAUCCCGCGAGGGUUCGACGACGUACCUCUGGGAGUUUCUGUUAAAGUUGCUUCAAGACCGGGAAUACUGUCCCCGUUACAUCAAAUGGACGAAUCGCGAACGGGGCGUAUUCAAGCUAGUGGACAGCAAGGCGGUAUCGCGCCUGUGGGGUCUCCACAAGAACAAACCGGACAUGAACUAUGAAACGAUGGGCCGGGCCCUGCGUUAUUACUACCAACGCGGUAUCCUGGCGAAGGUCGACGGACAGAGGCUGGUUUACCAGUUCGUGGACGUGCCGAAGGAUAUCAUAGAGAUCGACUGCACCGGGGCGUGAGACAGGGCUCGCGGCUCGAGGGAACAUCAGCACGAAAGGCACGCUGUACGGGAAAAGAGCAGAAGCGAGAACGAUUCGCGCGCUCUGGUCGCGAUCGUAAAACGAGAGAACGCGUCGCCGUUGUCGAGCAACUUUUCCUGCCGCAACGCGGUGCCCACUUGGCACAUCCCUCAGACGAUCUGAAGCAUACCCUCUCUCUGACUUCGUUUGUUCCUUGUAUUAUAAAUCGUGUACCAUCAAAGGAUGUAUGGGUAUAUUAAAGCGCGAAUACGCACGGACGCUGGCCGCGAGAAGAUGAACGUUUUCUGUGUUUAUUGUAAACGCGACAUUUGCCAACGCGUUCUGACACGCGACACUCUCGUGUAACCGUGAUUUCGUCCUCCCUUGGUCUUUCUACUUUUUGUUAAAUCUUUGACGGUGCGCGUCGAUAAUAAUCGUACUAAGCUUUACAACGUUUAAUAUAUAUAUAUAUAUUUGGAAGAGAAAGAUAUAUACAUACGUAUAUGUGUGUAUAUACGCAUACGCGUUGAGCUCGUUCAAAUUUGUACAAAAUUUUAGUUCAUAAAAACGAAGACGUCUAUGUUGCGAGUGUUAGUAAAUGUAUUUUAACUCCGAGAGGAAUGAGAAAAAAAAGUAUAUGAUGAAUCUAGUAUGGACAAAUUACUUAACGUAUAGUCGGGAUAUUAUAGGCGAACAAUUGUACAUUCAAGAGCGCGAUAAAUUAUUUAUUGUACAUUAGACAAUUAUAUAUGUUACCUACAAUGGGGAAAAAUGAAGCAUUGAUGACAAAAAUGUUAUAUAUGUAUGUGUCAACGAGGGAAACCACAAUUAAAAAAAGAGCAACGGGAAAGUGGAACUUACACGAUGUACGCGUACGCGGACGUGGAGAGUUUAAAGGUAAAAAAAAAAACGAAACGAAAUGAGGGCUGUGAAAAGAUUUGGCAAGGUGGGAAAUAUGAUAGAGCGGAGAUGAUGAUAAAGAUGUUAAACGAAAAAGAAGUUUUACGGAGCGAGCUCAGGGAGAGGAACAGAUAUGUAUAAUAUACAUACACACACGUAUUCAAUACGCGCGUGCCGGCGCGUACGUCCACAUGAAAACACGCGAUUGAUACACUAUAUUUUUUUAAAUAUAAGCGAGAAUUAAUGGACGACUGUUCUAUUUGAGCUGAGGGUUCAACAACGUAAGGUGCUGGCUAUACACACGAGGUCCAAGAAUGUUAUUUAGCAAGCUAGUGUUACUAAUUCAUAAAAAAAAAUUAUUGAGACAGACAUUAUAUAUCUCUGUAUAUACAAGAAUACAACUUUAGUAUAUAUUAUUGAAUAUUAUAUAUAUAUUAUAUAAAUAUAUAUUGUAUGUUAUGUAGUAAAUGGAGCGAGUUAACGUGUCUCUAUGAGAUUUUUUUGUCACGUCUGUGUGGAAGGACGUUUAGACCGUCUAUCUGUGCGAUGUCUCUAUAAUACCUACACAUAAAAAAGAAGCACACAUAAUCGGAGAAACAUUUUCGCUUCUCCUCCUCUCUGUUCCAUUUGCUGUUACGAACUCUCAGCAUCGGGACCAAACGCAAUGCGAAUCAAUCGACAAUUUGAUCCUGUGCUCCGGCGAAAGAAUGAUAAUAAUAAAACGCACAUCCGACGUGCUUCUCAUGCUCAGUAAGAAUCAGAGACAUCGCGCCUUUCGAGUGUAUAAAAGUUAGAGGAUGUUAGCCUUCCUAGCGCGUGCGGGUCAUUCGAAACACGAUAAGUUAGAGCGAAGUUUAAUUUAUUGAGCAGCAAAACUGUCGACCCUGCACGCGGACGUGGCGUGCGAGUGCAAGCGUAUCCUAUAGAAAAUAAGUUUUGUACAUAAAGAUUCGUUGAGAGCAUACUUAAGAAGACGUUACGUUAUCUUCGUAAUCGUGGACAAACGAAAAUAAUGAAAAAGAGAAAGCGGGGAAGAUGCGAGCCACGAUACACGGUUUUCAAGUGUGAUCGUGGCUCAGAUUCUAUCCACGUAUGUUGUUCUUCUUGACGAUCACACGGUCGAACAUUUCAAUAAAAGAAAUACAGAAAAACACAGUAACAUAAUGUAUAAUAGAGAAAACGAUCAAGUGCUGCCAAUAAUGCCUGUAAACGGUCCCUUGCAUUUUUUUCGCCAGUUUAUGAAAGUUAGAAACGCGAAGAGAACUCGAGAACAUUGUUGUAGAGAAAUUAAUAAGCGUGAUUGUUGGAAAUCAAGAUGAAAUGUCUUGGGACGCCAGACAUACCAGAUGAUACAAAACGAAUUGCCUUCUCGUAAUUAACAAAGACGUGUUGCCUUCUAACAAAGAAAACAUAUUAAUGAAAAAAAAAGAUGUUCUAGCAAUUUGUAUUUGUAAUACCAUCGACAUUGUCCGGGUACUUAAGACGAAAAAAAUACAACCUUUAAACCCGUAUAUCAUGCCCAGCCCCCUCCCCCCCUUUGUCAGCAUAGAAUUUUGUAAUUUUUGUCAAGAGAAACAUAAUAAUAAUAACAAUAACGAUAAUGAUAAUAAUAACGAAAAAGAUAAAAAAAAAGAUGACAAUGUUGAGAAACGUUUUUGGUACACGAAGACUUUUUUCAUAUCGCACUUUGCAUACACGUAUCGGAUGAAAGAAUUGUGCUUGUAAAGUAUAAUUUAAAGAAAAGAUAUUAAAUAACGAAAGAGAGCGAAAUAUACAUCAGAGUACAAUGGAUAAAAAAAAGCAAGUACCUAUAAAUAGUACUACUUCUAUAAAUAACAUCCACUUAUAAACAAUGAAUGGUCACUGCAAACAAAAAAAAAUCCUAUUUUUAGGUAAAUUAAAUUUACAUAUACAUAACGAUUGACUACGCUACAAGAUAUUUUAACGAAUAAGACUUUACUGUAAUAGGGAUAAAUCUAUAAUUAUUUACUUGUAAAAUAAAUAUGAAGAUACGAUGGAUUGACGUAAGGAACUCUAAUGUAACGUUCUGUGAUUCGUUGUUUGUAGGUGAAAUUUAAUAAAAGAUUACUGUAUCAUAAUA